AUGGAUUCAAUAAACAACUCCAAAGGAAAGUUAUUCUUCCUUUACGGCCUAGGAGGAACUGGAAAAACCUAUAUCUAUAGGACACGAAUAGUGCAACUACGUUCUGAAAGACGUAUAGUACUUCCAGUAGUAACUUCAGGAAUAGCGGCAACACUUUUUCCAGGGGGAAGAACAGCUCACUCAAGAUUCAAAAUACCCAUAGAUCUCCAUGAGAAUUCAAUGUGUGACAUCAAACCAAAAACAAUGCUGGCCGAAUUGAUUCAAGAAGCAGAUCUUCUAAUAUGGGACGAAGCACCUAUGGCUCAUCGACAUAUCUUCGAAGCAUUGGAUCGAACACUAAGAGAUAUAAUGAGCAUGAAUGACUUUAUGGCCGAACACAAACAAUUUGGAGGUAAAACAGUUUUCUUGGGUGGAGAUUUUCGACAAAUAUUACCAUUCAUCCCUAAAGGAAGCAGGCAAGAUACAGUUUUGGCAACACUGAACAGAUCUACAAUGUGGAGCAACUACAACAUAUGCACUCUUACCAGAAACAUGAGAGUUAACCAAGAUGAAAAAGAGUUUGCCAAAUGGAUUUUACAAGUUGGAGAUGGAGAACCUAAAAUAGUCUCUAGCCAAAAAGAAGACAGUCUAGACAAUGAGAACAUAGAGAUCGACGAAGCUUUACUCUUGCCUCAAGGAGAAAACCCGAUGAAAGAAAUACAGAAAGCAACUUUCCCAGAUCUAGAAAACAAUAUCAAGAUCGUGAAUACUUGCGAAACCGUGCAAUCCUCACACCAAGAAAUGAAACGGUCGAUGAGCUGA